GCCGCCGCGGCCGCGGAGGCGGAGGCGGCGGAGGAGCUGCGGCAGGCGCUCGCGGCGGCCGGCGGUGCGCAGGGGCCGCCCUCCGAGGCCCCCGCGAGCCGGGCGGGCUCCCUCCUGGAGCCUCCGGCGCUCCACCUCUCCCCGAGGCAGCCCCCCAGGCCGCCGAGGCCCCGGCCGAGCCCAAGCCCGGGCCGGAGCGCCUCCAGGCAGCCCCCCGGGCCGCCGAGGCCGAGGUGGAGCCCGAGCCCGGGGCGGAGUGCCUCCAGGCCGAGAGGCGGGCGCGCCCGGACGCCCGGGCUCUCCGAGGAGGUCGCGCGCGUGGCCAGCGAGAGGGCCGCGAGGAGGGGCGCCGGCGGCCCGGGGGACCUGCAGCUGAGCCUGCAGGAGCUCCGCGACCCCGACGUCUGGCGGCGCCGCGGCGUCGAGGCGUCCACGCGGGAGCAGCUGCUGCCGGACCGGGAGUUCGAGGAGCACUUUGGCUGCUCCAAGGCGGAGUUCGGCAGGUGGCCGAAGUGGAAGCAGGACCGGCGGAAGAAGGAGCUGGGCCUCUUCUGA